AUGAACAGCAAUUUUAAUAAUUCUGAUGAUAAUGAGGGUAAGAUUGAAUCCUCUCCUCCCUCCUCUUCCAUCGCAAAACCUUCCAAAUCAAAAAUUUCAACGAAGGAAAUCUCACCAUAUUCGAAUCAUAUUUUUAUAAGUACUCUCCCCGCCUCGUUAUACUCUGAUAAACGUUUAAUAUUUAUUGGGGAUGUACAUGGAGCUCUCGAGGAACUUGACGCUCUUCUUGAAAAACUGAAUUACUCAUCGACAAAAGAUCAUAUUGUCUUUACUGGUGAUCUAUGUGCAAAAGGCCCAGAUUCACUUGGAGUAUUGCGAAGAGUGAGGGAAUUAGGUGCAAGUGGUGUAAGAGGAAAUCAUGAUGAUAAAGUGGUGAGAUGGAAGGGAUUUUUGAAAAGUUUGGAAGUUGAAGUGGGUAAAGAAGUUGAAGUUAACAGUGAAAGUGUACCAAAAGAUCUUAAGAUUGGAAGUGAACAUGAAUAUAUGGCAAAAAAUAUAACUGACGAUUUAUAUGAGACACUUCUAUCCUUUCCGUUGAUACUCGAAAUCCCGGAACAUAAUUUAUAUGUCGUCCACGCUGGUCUACUUCCUGAUUUACCAAUAGCCGACCAAUCACCUUAUGAUAUCAUGAACAUGCGAAACAUAAAAAAUGAUGGAACUCCCACCAAACAAAAACACAAAGGUCACGCAUGGACCGAUGACUGGAAUCAAGCACAAUCACGAUCCGAAAAUCCUAAAACUAUAAUUUACGGACAUGACGCCUCAAGAGGACUACAAAUUAAAGAAUAUACAAUCGGAUUAGAUUCAGGAUGUGGCUCCGGUAGAGAAUUAACCGCAAUGAUAUGGAAUGAGGAUCCCAAGAAACGCGAGCUCGUUAGUGUCAGAUGUACCUCCAAGUAUAAGGUUAAUUUGGAUGAUUCCGAUUAG